AUGGCUCAUGCAGGAAAUAUCAUCACCAUCCUUGUCUUCAAGAGAAGAGCCAUGAGGAACAACGUUCUGUCCAAGAUGUUCAUCGUUCUCUGUAUCGGCAACAUCUUCUGUUUAGCGUGGGGGCUCUCACGCCAUUUUGUCGAGGGCGUCUUCGACUGGAACUUUCGUCUUCACUCUCGCCCUGUAUGUUUUUUCCACAGCUUGUUAACCAUGUCGGGCAUGAGCUUCUGCAAUUGGUUGAUUGUGUGCAUCACGUCUCUGCGAUUGUUCUACAUGAUCAAUCCAGACAGAUCCAAACGCAACACAUCCUGGAAAUUUGUAGCCAGCAUAUCAACUGUUCUAACUGUUUUCACCUUCAUAGCACACGGCUAUACAGUGGACAUUGGCUCAGCCAUCACUGUCGACUCAAACACAGGUGCACUGACCAUGUGUGAGUUGACACGAGGCGACAUCUACUCACACAUCUCCAUGAGCAUCUUCGGCUUCGUGCCUGGAAUCCUGCUCUUCGUCCUCAACAUCGCAAUCGUCGGAGUCCACAGGUAUCAGGCGCCAGAGCAGAUGAAACACCGGAAAGCCUCGAAAGGCUUCGCCAUAGCGGCCGUGGUGUACUACCUAGGCUGUGCCACCAACAUCGUCAUCUACUGUUUCGUCGGUAGCAUCUUCAGGCACGAGCUCUGGAAACUUCUGCGACCCAUGCGGAAGCUCAUCUACCUGACGGGAGGGGUCGCUUCCGUGUCACCGUCAGCUGAGGCCUCCUCUAGGAUCCCAGCUGAGCGUGCCCGAAUGGAGCCUGGUGAAGAAGCGGAUGUCAAUGCCCCACAUCAAGCCAUGUCCAGUGGUGAACUAAUGAGGACAGCAACUGGGCCGGGGUUCAAACCUGAGUCCUUCAGUUCAGGAGGCUUUAUGUCCGAUGGUGGCUACAACGACACAAGUUACUACCGUGAGAUGAUACAGGAGUCAAAUCUCAGAACGGCUGACAAGGUCAUGCUCAUCAUAUUCUCUGGAACUUUGAUUAGUAUAGGCAUCCCAGGCAACAUGUUGUCAUUUCGUGUGUUACGAAGCUUGUACAUCAAACGAAACAUCACCUUCUACGGCAUGACCACGCUAUGUGUCACCAACGUCCUUGCCCUUGUCUGGGGGCCUGGUAUGAUUCUCGUUAUGGAUAUAUCAGAACUCAGCUUCAAGGAAAAAAGCUACGGCAUUUGUCUACUCUACAACUGGGUGACCUACAGCCUCAUCUCCCUAUCCAGUUGGAUGUACGUUCUUCUCAUCGGCCUGCGCACCAUGCGCUGGGCUGGCGAGUCCUCUAUGGAGGCCCCGGACAAGCUGGUGGGCCUGAAGAUUGGCUUCUUGGUGGUCCUCGUGUUCGGGCUGCAGGCUAUGAUCAGCUACUACAACACGACGUAUCAGAUUGGGAGUCACGUACACACGAGGUGCCAGUCAUCGCUCAGCAACACAUGGCGACUCGUCAAUUUCUUCUCGUUCGCCAUCUCCCCUGCUCUCGUUCUCUUUCUCAUCAACAUCAAAGCUUUCUUCAUGAAGUUGGACAAAUUAGAUGGCCUCCUACGGACGAGAGUAAACUACCAAGUCACCUUCCUGCUCGUCCUAAGUAACAUUUGUUUCAUGAUCUCCUACCUACCUUACGCCAUCUUUGCUGUUCUUGUCGUCCGCACCUACACCAGACAAACUGUGUUUGAGGAGGUCAGAUCUACGAUGGGUUUCAACAUCACCUACCUGUUGCUCUACUUCAACAACGCCACCAGCUACCUGCUCUUCUGCCUGUUUGGCGGCAAGUUUCGCAAGCAUAUGAAGUUCGUUAUGUACCCCAUACGUAAGGCUUCACUGGUGGCUUGUAUGCAUAACGUCCUCUAUUGGAAUUUUUCAGCUCCUAAUUACACAGCACUGAAAAAACAUGGAGGCCAUGAGCACUCGCAUAAGCCCAGAGGAACCAGUGCGUCAUCAGAUGAAACCACUGCGUUAGACUGGCGGGCUCCCAAGAAGAGCAGGUACACCGUCGCCAUUGAAGUCAAGCACAAGAAUACGCCUGUAUAG